AUGUCUUCUUCUGACCUCACCCCACAACCGGCGGAAAUCGCUCCAGCCCGCAAGCGAAAGAGAGCUCUCGACGCGAUUGGGCAGCUCCAGGAGGACUUGACCACAGACCCGUUGGACUACGGUAAGUGGUUGGAGUUGCUCACGCUUGUGGAGAAGAAGGACAAACCCGAUCAGGUGAAGGAGACGUAUGAACUGUUUCUUGAGAAGUUCCCCACGGCCUCCCCCCAAUGGAUCGCAUACAUCUCUAACUGUCUCUCCCACUCUGACAACGUCCACGCGGAAACCCUCUUUGGCCGCUGUCUUACUGCUUGUCGCUCUGUCCCCCUCUGGCUCGCAUACAUCGCGUACAUCCGCCGCACCCACGACGUAGUUUCUGGCGGUGAGCAGAACCGCCAGGUGGUGUUCCUGGCAUUUCAAGUCGCAGUCGACGCCGUCGGGAUUGAUGUAGACAGCAGCGACCUCUGGGAACAGUAUAUCGAGUUUAUCGACAACUGGAAGCCUACCACCCAAUGGGAACAACAGCAGAAGACGGACCUCAAGCGCAAGGUGUACAUAAAGGCAGUGGUGUUGCCGCUCCGCAAUGUGGAAAAAUUGUGGAACGACUACACCGCAUUUGAAACCGAGAUCGACCCCACCAGCGCGCGCCGCCUCGUCGCGGAGUCCUCUGCGGCAUACAUGGCCGCGCGCUCAUGGCUCAAGGAAUUUACUAACGCGACUGCAGGCUUACGCCGUGACGCGGUCCCCACGCGCGGCGCAUUUCUCCUGCCACGCAAGAGCAAUCAAACCAAGCUCUGGCGCCGCUGGAUCGCGUGGGAACGCGCCAACAAGCUCGAAUUGGCGCCUGAUGUGUUGGCACAGCGCUUGGAACACGUUUAUGCGCAGGUCACAGAAGUAUUGCGUUUCCAACCUCAGUUCUGGUAUGAAUUUUCGCAGUACUGGUGCGAUAAGGGUGUCAAUGCUAAGUUUGUGGAGGUAACCAUUCAAGGCUUGGCGUGCAACCCAGGAUCUCACUUAUUAAACUACCAGCUUGCAGAGUGGUACGAGCAGGAAGGGAGACGGGAAGAUAUGGAAGGGGUUUACGAUAAGUUUGUUGAUUUCUUGACAUCAGAGUGUAUGAAGUUGAAGCCGGAGGAGGAUCCGAAGGAGCCUCCGAAGGAACCUUUGAAGGAACCUUUGAAGGACGAGCUGAAGGAGGAUAUUAAGGAAGAUUCAAUGGAAGAUUCCAAAGAAGAUUCUAAGGCUGAAAACUCAAUGGAAGAUUCAACUGCUAAGGCGGAUUCACUUGGAAACUCAAAGAAUUUGAAGCUUCCAGCUGCAUCGCUGCCAAAGUAUGAUCCCAAACUCGCCCUUGUCCAACGUGCCAUCACCUCUGUCUACGCCAGGUAUAUGCUUGCAACCAAACGUCUAACCAACUUGCAAGCCGCGCGUGGCAUCUUCAAGCUCGCGCGCCAGAACGCUGAAGUCCAGGUGACCCACCACUUGUUCGUAGAGUAUGCGGAGAUGGAGAUGACCGCUAUCAGCGAUCUGUCCUCUUCAGCCGAACGCCUCAAAAUCAUCGAGCGCGCCGGAAAGGUGUACGCCAUUGCUGUUAAGCGUUUCAGCAAUGACCCAGAGUUCUGGUUGAAGUACUUGCGCUGGUGGCUCGCCAGAGAUAACACCGGUGAGGCUCGGGUCAUGUUAAAGCAGGCGUUGGAUAGCUUGAAGCAAGACAUACUGACGGAUGCCAUGAAUGAGGGUGAUGUCGAGCAAUCGCUCAUCGCGACGUACAGCACGGACGCCACCAAGAUCCUCUCCCAAAUGUUUAUUGAGUUUGUCCAGUACGAAGCCAAGCGGGGCGACCUUACCGCGAUGAAGAACUUGGAGGUCCAGUAUUUGGCAGUCUUCCCGAAGGUGACAAAGUUGGCCUGGAAGACGCAGCUCUACCGCGAAAACAUAACCGAGGACUUUGAUUCGUUCGACCCGGUCAGCUUGUUUGAUAUGGACGCAAAGACCAAGGAGAAGAAGCGUGCCAGUGACGAAGACGAACCGCCACGUAAGAAGGCAAAGAAAGUGGAAGAAGAUCCGCUUGAUGUGUUUGACGCAUUCAUCGCCGAGCCCCAGUUCCAGGAGUUGGUGAUUACCGAUGAGAUCUACAACUUGUUGCGGGUGUUGCCUCGAAAUAUCUAUUAUGAUGGGAACAAUAUGUUUGACUCGACGAAGUUAACAGCGUUAUUAGGGUCAUUGGAUGUAUAA